AUGAUCUUCGACGGGAAGCAGGUUCCACCAGCCAUUCUUCCGGAGUUCGCAAAGUUCCAGGGGUUGGAAAAGUUGAGUCUUAUCGACUGCGGCCUACGAUCACUGGAAGGACUGCCACGGCCUCCCAACUUGCGUGUGCUAAUGUUAGGCGACAAUCACCUCGACGACCUCAGCCCGCUACCCACCUGCUUCCCCAACCUGGAAAAGCUAUCGAUUGUCGGGAACAAGAUUGGGUUUCGUAACGAAAUGGAGCCCCUGACUCGUCUUACCAAGCUGCGGGCUUUGGAUGUUGAAGGCAACGAGAUCUGCGAGAUUCGCGGACAUGACCGAUGGAUGGCGGACACGUUUCCCCGUGUCAAGCGCUUCAUGAUUACCGCGUAUGACGUGGACAGUGACGAGGAAGACGACGACGAUAUUUCAUUGUUUCUUAGCGAUGAAAGUAUGGACGCCGAUGACGAGGAGGAAGACAAUGUCUCUGAUGGACCCGGAGAAUCAGUCCCGGAGGUCAUUCAGAUCGACUAG